AUGCUGCUGCUCCUCUUCCUCGUGCUCCCUCAACUCUCGGCAGCAGCAGCGCUCUGCCACCCCGAAGACAGCGCCGCGCUGACAGCGUUCAAACACAGCUUCUCAAACCCCAACCCUUUCCCCACAUGGGAUCCCAUCUUCGACUGCUGCGACUGGUACGGCGUCACCUGCAACGACACCACCAGCCGCGUCAUCGGCCUCGACAUCGCCCCUUACCAAGCCCUCGCCGGCACCAUCCCUUCCUCCCUCGCCAAUCUCACCCACCUCCAGAACCUCCGCCUCCACAAGAUCCCCAACCUCGUCGGCCCAAUCCCACCUUCACUCGCCGAGAUAUCUCAGCUGAGAUACCUCGUCAUAAGCUGGACUAACAUCUCCGGACCUGUGCCACAUUUCCUCGCCCACCUCAAGAAUCUCGCAUACCUCGACCUCUCCUUCAACCGCCUCUCCGGCUCAAUCCCUCCUUCCCUUGCAACUCUCCCAUUCCUCUUCGCCGUCGAUUUGAGUCGCAACCAGCUCACCGGCCCCAUCCCGCAAACAUUCGGACACUUCCCCAAAACUGCGGGCUUCCCGGCGAUCGUCCUCUCUGAAAGAGUUACACCCGGCGCACCAAUUAGAUUGGUCAUUUUUAUUUAUAUGUAA